UAACCAUCAUUAUUUCAGUUGAAUCAGAGAUCGAUUAAGUCUAAAUCAGUUUGAAUUUCAAUCUAGUUGAAGUGAAAAUGUUCAUUAAACUUAUUGUCCUUUGUUUACUUCCAGUGUCAAUCUUUGGUGCUGUUAAAUGGCAAGACUGUGGUCAAGAGGAUCGGUCACUUGUUUUCAAAAAGUUGAACUUCGCCACUGAAAAAAUAACCAUCGAUGGUAAAAAUCCUCUGAAAGCUGAAGUUGACUUCGACCUUCUCAAUCCGAUUGAUGAUAAUGUCCAAAUGGACGCGAUUCUUAGUCGGCGAUUCACAGUUUGGGGUUUCAGUCAAAGUAUCACAAUUCCUUGUUUCAAUGACGCCGGAAGUUGUUCCGGUCAAUUCUGUUAUUUUGUUCAAUCUUAUUAUAAACUUGCUCGAGUGUUGGCUGAACAACUUCAUGUACCUUUCGAUUGUCAUAUGCAACCAACAACCUAUGCAGGUAACAUUUCAUACCCUGUACCACCGACCGCUUUCGAGAAUGUACCAUCAAUCAUUGCGAAUGCUAUUUCCGGAACUUAUGAACUUUCAGUUCGAUGGACAUCUGAUGACCAUGAGAUCGGCUGCUUAUCCGUCGUUGCUGAUUUGGAAAUCGACCUUGAAUGAAAUUUUUUUUCCACAAUAAUAGUUGAUAAAAGUUUCUAGUCUAAUUAAAUUAUCGUUACAAUAAAAAAUAAUCUAGAAAACAAUUAAAUAAAUUAUCAUUAAUUUGCUGUGGAAAAUUAGAGUACUUGAAAAGCUCAAAGUAAUAAAGUCUAAUUGUUAUAACAUUGAAA